AUGGUCCCAAUCACGUCGAAGAUAGAGCAGAUAGGAGCUGCACUUACCACGGCUCAUGCAACCUAUGGCAAAAGCAACCCAAAAAGUUCCCAAACACACAAAGAAUCCAUAGUAACACUACCAGGAGGCACGACUCGAAAUGUAGUCCACUUUGAGCCCUUUCCAGUGACCCUAACAUCGGGGCAAGGCUCCUAUCUGAAAGACCUGGAUGGCCACAGAUACCUUGAUCUAUGCGGCGAAUAUAGCGCAGGAAUGUUUGGUCAUUCCCAUCCAGUCAUCACCAAAGCAAUGCAUGCUGCUAUCGACAGCGGAUUUGCUCUAGGAGGGGUGAAUCAGUUCGAAGGACGGCUCGCUCAGCUACUCUGCUCUAGAUUCUCCAGCAUCGACAAGAUUCGCUUCUCGAAUUCUGGGACUGAAGCUAAUUUGACUGCACUCGCGCUGGUUAAGGCCUACACGAAACGAGAAACAGUUAUCGUUUUCAAAGGUGGCUACCAUGGAGGUCUUGCUACCUUUGGGAAAGAUGGAAAGGUAACGGCAAAUAGUAUGAACGUGCCACAUAAGUUUAUCAUUGCACCUUAUAAUGAUAUCAAAGCUCUUGAAGAGAUCGUGGAAGAGCACAAAGAUGACCUGGCAUGUAUUUUCCUGGAGCUUAUGCAAGGGUCAUCUGGGUGUCUUCCAGCCGAUAUCGAGUUUGUCAAAGCUACCAGAGCGAAAGCCAACGAGGCGGGCGCUGUUUUGAUGUUCGAUGAGGUCAUGACAAGUCGAAUGUCCACUGGAGGCCUCCAGAGUUUGCUCGGAGUAUAUCCAGACAUGACUACUCUGGGAAAAUAUUUCGGUGGCGGUGGACAGAAUUUUGGCGCCUUUGGUGGAAGGAAUGAGAUAAUGAGUAUAAUCGAGCCCGGUCAUCCCGGUGGAGCAUACCAUAGCGGCACUUACAACAACAAUGUUACUACAAUGGCAGCCGGAGUAGCGGUGCUCCAAGAUGUGUGGACAAAAGACGUAGCUUCUCAACUGUAUGAGACUGGAGAAUGGCUGCAGAACGAGCUCAGGAGAGUAACUGGGGUCGGAAGUCUCAUGACCCUCCAUUUCAGCACCCAAGCCAUCCGAUCAGCUGCAGAUGUACAAGGGAGUGUAGCGGAAUUGCGUGAACUGUUCCUUUUCGAUAUGCUCCGAAGGGGCUUUUUUCUAGCACAGCGAGGUAUGAUCAGCUUGAUGACGGUGACUUCGAAGGCGGAACUGCAGACCUUUGUUGAAGCCGUACAAAAGUUUCUGGAGGAGAGACGGGAUUUGAUUACCUGA